GGCUGCUUGGUAUCAAGGAUGUGACAUGUCACGGGUUUAAGUGAUAAUAUCAUGUAUAUGUGUUGUAGAUAGUGAAUGAUUGUGGUCGGUUUCAAUAUGGGCAACUGCCUCAGGAAAUGUUGUGGCCUGUUUGACAAACGCCGCAAGUAUCUAAAGACUAGAUACAAUGUGGAGAGGGAUUUUUCCAUUGAGUUCGAGAACUUGAUGGAUGAUGAGCCUCAGGAGGACAUGAACCGCCCAUUGACUGAACGUGAACGAUUGCUGUUGUCCCACCAGCAGUAUGAUGCAAUUGUGCAUGAACAAAAACAAGUUGAUGCUGAUAUUGAUGCUAAGCUUGCACAACAGGAAGAGGAAAUAGAAAGGGAGGAGGAGGCAUAUUAUGAAGCCAAACGUGAGGCGGCUCGUAUUACCAAACUCCAGCGUGCCAAAGAGGCUGCUGCCAAAAAGAAUGCCACCACCAAUGGUCCACGGUCCUGGCUGGGUGACGAAGAAGACUGGGAAGUGGCUGGUGGAGAGGAUGAUUUUGAGAUCUUCCUAGCUAGUGUGAAGGCACGGUCCCUCGCUGCUGCACAGCUACGGCAAGGUUCUGGUGAUGGUCAGAGUUCGUCCAGUAGUACUGCCCAUCGAGACAAAACCGAAGGGUCAUCUCUUGACCUUGAGUGGGAACAUGAAGCUGGCGUUGUUCCUCAGUUACGACAGCGGUCGUCCACAGAAGAAAACCUGGUGGGUCUUACAAAGGACAGUCCCAUGAACUCAAAUGACCUUGAGUGGGACAAUGACUUUGUGAGUGCAGAAGAAUUAGAAAAAGAACAGUUGAUAUCACAUUCCAAUGGACGGUGAUAGUCAUUCUGCAAUAGAAUUGAAACCAUGCAUUUAGAGAAAUACCAUCAACAAGGAGGCCAGUCAAAGGUCAAGACAAGCCAUCCAAUGUAGGUUAUUGACCUUGACCUGCAUUCAAGUUACGACCUUGACCUAUAUAUCUCAGCAGAGGAGGAUGUGAGUUUCAACUUUACUUUUACCUGUAAAUAUUCAGCAAAACAAGGAACUGCUAUUAACAGAAGAAACAUUCCAGUAUGGAUAUACGAUAACAAGUGGACCAUGUAAAAUAAUCAAUGUUGUGAUGUGGCAACGAGAACAACAUUCUCAUCGCCUUCCAUGUGCCUGGCCUUGUGAACAUGUGUGUACAAGCUGAUGGAUGACAUAUGACGUUUUGCUGGUGGAUAUGUGCAUAUCAUGUAAUGAUACCUGUGUGUAUAUGUGGUACCUUCUGGGAUGAAAGGAUAUACUGAGUAGCUUUGGCUGCCAUGUUGUACAAAUGCUGUCUGUUUGAUGUUGGUCGUGCUUGAUGCCUGGGUACCAACUGUGUAUUCACUUGGGAGCACCUGCUGAGUCUGAGGAUGAAUGCUGGGAUUAUUAUUAUUAAUAUAUUAUCAUUAUUAAUAUUAUUAUACUAUUGAAGACAGAAAUAUAGAGCACUGCUUCCAUGAAAGAUGACAAGGUCAUGUUCUUGGUUUGGUCUUUAUGGGGAUAGAUUUCAAGAUAGAUUUAAUAUUUGUUUAACUUGAAAUUUGGUUCAGGACCACAGCUCCCAGAUGUCAUUCUGUUUCUUUUGAAAGGAGAAGCCAAACUAUCUUUCUGGAUCCAUCCACUAAUUGUCAGGACAUCCAGUGCCCUUGUCUUGAAAUGAAGCUUUCUGUGUGUAAUAUGGACCUGUAGAGUGUGGAUCUAUCUGUGGGUAGGAUUCUGCUUGA